AUGCAAUUCACCGCCUACCACCGCUUUCUUCAUGGUGUGGUACGUGAGAAGGGCUCGAUCAAGGGAGUAGGGUCGGCAUCCGCGUCCGCCUCGGACGUUUCACGUUCAGAUCCCGAGGCAGUUCUUGCCGGUGAGAUUGUGACUGUUGGGGCGUUUGCGCGGCGUAUGGAAACGGUCAUCGACGCUCUGCAGACGCAGAUGGCGCCAUACGACCUGACCAUGCCACGUACGCAUCUUGUCGGUGCAUGGCGAGAAAUUGGGGAACGUAUCACUGCGCGGAGCAAUGCUGAGCGGAGAAGAGAGGGCUCCAGUAGGCACACGGCCAGCGAAGAGUCAGAGUCCACGCGUGCAGAGAAGAGCGCCCGCACACGCAAGCGACGGAGAGAACGAGAGGAUGGACCUGUCACUGGAAUCUUACCUGUCCUUAUCGGCAGGGACUGGAUUGUGGCAGCUGCGGACACAGUAACAGGCUUGGUGUUGAUCUACGAUGCAGGACACGCGCUCGAUGCUACUGAGGCCGAUAUUGUCAGAGACGAGGUGAUGCGAGCUGUGGCUGAAACAAUCGGUCAGGAGCCCAUGCGGGUGGAAGUGAGACAUCUUCGUCCACCUGAUCGCGUCCCGCAGAGACACACAGUUCUGUUGGCCUGCGCAGCACUCGAAAUGUUCGGCUCCUCUCCGGCUCCGAUUGGCGACCGCUCGCUCCCAGUCUAUCUCGGGCUGUGGUCCAAGCUUCUCGCGCAAGGCAUCACGCUCGCCAUUCCCCCGUCAUUCGACCGCCCCUCUGCCGCCCAGUCACCGCUGUACACCAAGGAUAUGUCAGCGAGCCGCGUUCUGCGUGACCGCAUUGUGUGGACGAUUCAUACGGGUAUGCUGGCGUGUCCGUUCCGCGGUUACUGGUGA